CUCCUCCUUUCCAGAACUUUGAGGGCGUCACCAUGUUCCUAUCCCAGAUGCAAGAUUUGCCAACUGUGGCACUCUUGUUUUGUUCCAUCUUUCUGUUUCUGCUUGUUCUGAGAACUGAAAGAGAGCAUCUUGAAACUUUGGCUCUCCACCAGAAACUUCAAAGUAGCCCAGAAUUUAAAUGGAAAGAUAUACUUGAGAAGGCAAAGAAAAAUAGUUCUUUGGAUCUGCAGCCUCUUGCACCUUCAACAGCCGCGCAACAUCCCUUGGAAAUUGUUUACUCUAAAGAUCUUAAUUUUCUUCUCAAUGAGCCAAAUAAAUGUCAGGAAAGGAACCCUAUUUUAGUCUUGCUGGUGGUAACAAAGCCUAAAUAUUUUGUUGCAAGACAGGCCAUCAAGCAUACAUGGAGAAAUGAGAACUCAGUGGGUUAUAUUUCCAUGGUCUGCCUUUUUCUCUCUGGUAACCACCAAGUCUUUGGAUCCCGGCUUCAAAGUCUUUUGGAUGAGGAAAGUUCCAUCCACAAAGAUAUUAUCCAGCAAAAUUUCCUGGACACUUACAACAACCUCACCCUAAAAACUCUAAUGGGCACGGAGUGGAUAAGCAAGUUCUGUCCCAAUGCCAUCUGUGUGAUGAAGGCAGAUACUGACAUCUUUCUCAAUGUGAACUAUAUGGUGUCACAACUAUUACAACCCCACUUAGCCCCAGACUAUAUGACAGGGUACAUUUAUCGGAACACAAAGCCAUUACCUAAUAAAGCAUUUAAAUGGUAUGUGCCCUGGGAGAUAUAUCCUAAUGACACUUGCCCACCCUACACUGGUGGGCCUGGGUAUGUAUUUUCUGGAGAUCUGGCCCAAAAGAUCUACCGUGUUGCUCAUACCAUUAAGGUAAUUAACAUGGAAGAUUCCUUCAUGGGAAUCUGUUUGUAUGAACUGGGCAUCAAUGUGACAUACAGUCCCUGGGGCCUCUUCAAGAUGUAUAAAAUCAGCUAUGAGAAGUGCAAAUUCUCAAAGUUAGUGGUUGUACAUCACUUUGAGCCAGAGGAGUUGCUACAGAUUUGGCCUGACUUCCAGGAUGAAAAGAAAAUUUGCAAGAAUUAG